AUGGCAGGUAGCAACAGCAGUCUGCUGGUCGCAUUCCGCAUCGUUCUCUUCUGCGCCCUCGCCUCCGCUGCCACCACCUUGAUCCCUCUCGUCACAAGGCCAUGCGCUUACUCCCUGCCAAGAACCAUCCUCGCCGCCACCGGCCUCGACCCUCACCUCAUCUCCUGCGCCGACGACCGCUCCAAGUCCAAUGCCGAGCUGUCGGAAGGCGACGGAGGCAACAAGCCCGGCACUGGCGGCAGGCCCAUAGUCACCGACCUGCUGUCGUGCGGCGAGCCCGACCUCCCAACCCACGCACUCCCGCCGUUCCGCUGCUGUCCGCCGGCGCCGGCGUCCGACGCUCCCGCCACCAACUUCACGUUCCCCGACGCAGGCGAGCCGCUCCGGACGCGGCGGCCGGCGCACGGGGCCACCGGCGGCACGGACGACAGCGUCGCGCGGUACGCGCGCGCGGUGGCGCUGAUGAAGGCGCUGCCGGAGUCGGACCCGCGCAGCUUCUACCAGCAGGCCAACAUCCACUGCGCCUACUGCGCCGCCGCGUACCGGCAGGCGGGGCGGCCGGAGCUGCCCGUGCAGAUCCACUACUCGUGGCUCUUCUUCCCGUUCCACCGCGCCUACCUCUACUUCUUCGAGCGCGUCGCGGCGAGGCUCCUGGGCGACCCCGGCUUCGCCGUGCCGUUCUGGAGCUGGGACGUGCCCGAGGGGAUGCGGGUGCCGCCGGAGUUCGCCGACGUGUCGUCCCCGCUGUACGACCCCAUGAGGAACCCGGAGCACGCGCCGCCGAGAGUCGUGGACCUCGACUUCUCGUACGUGGAGAAGAAUUGCACCGACGAGCAGCAAAUCCAGCUCAACCUCCGGAUCAUGUAUAAACAGAUGGUCACGAACGCGCCGCUGCCGUCGCUCUUCCACGGGCAGCCCUACCGCGCUGGCGACCGGGGGAUGCCGGGUGCAGGAACGGUGGAGCUGAGCCCGCACAACAUAAUCCACCGAUGGUCCGGCGACCUCUCGCGGGCCAACCACGAGAACAUGGGCGCCUACUACUCCUCCGCCCGGGACCCCAUCUUCUACCCUCAUCACGCCAACUCCGACCGCCUCUGGGAGGUCUGGCGCGGCGUCGGCGGCGGCCACGCGGACUUCACGGACCCCGACUGGCUCGACUCGUCGUUCCUGUUCUACGACGAGGACGCCCGGCUCGUGCGAGUCACCGUCCGCGACAUGCUCGACGUCGGGAGGCUCCGGUACACGUACGCCGAGGUCGGCCUGCCGUGGCUCAGCGCGCGGCCGCCCAUCGUCACCCCUGACGACGGCGUGAACCGCGGAAGAGGCCUGCCGCACCUGAAGUCCAAGUCCGUCCGCUUCCCGGUGUCGCUCGAUGCCGCGGUGACCGCGGAGGUGAGCCGUCGGCGGCCGGGAAAGCCACGAGGGCAGUGGGAGGAGGUGCUGGUGGUCGAGGGCAUCGAGGCGGACGGCGCGGGCUUCGUCAAGUUCGACGUGUACGUGAACGCAGUGGAUUACGAGGAGGUCGGCCCCGGCGGUCGGGAGAUGGCUGGAAGCUUCGUGUCCCUGAAGCACCCCGGCAAGAUGGUGGUGCAGACCAGCAUGAGGGUGGCGCUGAACGAGCUCCUGCAGGACCUGGGUGCCGAGGGCGACGACAGCGUCACGGUGACGCUGGUGCCCGUGGAGGGGAGGGUCAGGAUCGGAGGCCUGAGGAUAGUGUACAUGGCGGAGUGA